AUGCCGGCGGGUGUGGGGGGGGCGCGGCCCUCAGGACCUGCUGCCCCUCCGCCGGCGACCACGUGUAGGGCCGCGGCCUUCACACCGCCCCGCCUGCCUCCCGGUGCCACCGACUGGGUGGCGGGGCAGCCCGCGGGGGGCCGCCGGGACUGGGGGGGAGAACCGCGCGCCCGCCCCGCCCCGCCCCCACCCUCAGGCCUCCCUUCCCGCGCUCACCCUGUGGAGAGGAGGCAGCGCGUCUCCCGCGUCAUGGCGUCGGGCCGCCGCUCCGAACGCCGGCCGGCGCGGGCUCUGCGGAACUCGGCUGCUGCCUUGGAGGGCCAGAGUUGCCCCCGCUGGUGGUUCCUUCCCGGCCCUCGGACGCGGGGAAGCGGGCGUCGGGCCGGGACUGGAGCGCUUCGGCGGCGGCCGCUCGCGCCGGACCCGGCGUCGGGGGCGGCCUCGGGCGGACGGGCCAGGCCGCCCGACGCCGUCGUGGCCGCGCGCUCCGAGCCGCCCGCGCUGCUGCCUCGUACUGGAUACUAUUACAGGUUUCUCAACUGUGACUCUGUUGAUAUUUUGGGACACUCUGCUGCAAAUCCCGAGACUCCAAACUCAACCAUCUCCAGAGAGGCCAGCACUCAGUCCUCAUCAGCUACAACCAGCCAAGGCUAUGUUUUACCAGAAGGCAAAAUCAUGCCAAACACCGUUUUUGUUGGUGGAAUUGAUGUUAGGAUGGAUGAAACCGAAAUUAGAAGUUUCUUUGCUAGAUAUGGUUCAGUAAAAGAAGUGAAGAUAAUCACGGAUCGAACUGGUGUGUCCAAAGGCUAUGGAUUUGUUUCAUUUUAUAAUGAUGUGGAUGUGCAGAAGAUAGUAGAAUCACAGAUAAAUUUCCAUGGUAAAAAGCUGAAACUGGGACCUGCAAUCAGGAAACAAAAUUUAUGUGCUUAUCAUGUGCAGCCUCGUCCUUUGGUUUUUAAUCCUCCUCCUCCACCACAGUUUCAGAGUGUCUGGAGUAAUCCAAACACAGAAACUUACAUGCAGCCUCCAACCAUGAUGAAUCCUAUAACUCAGUAUGUUCAGGCAUAUCCUCCUUAUCCAAGUUCACCUGUUCAGGUCAUCACUGGAUAUCAGCUGCCUGUUUAUAAUUACCAGAUGCCACCACAGUGGCCCGCUGGGGAACAAAGGAGUUAUGUUAUACCCCCGGCUUAUACUGCUGUUAAUUACCACUGUAAUGAAGUUGAUCCAGGAGCUGAAGUUCUGCAAAGUGAAUGUUCAGUUCAUGAAGCUACUCCGUCCUCAGGAAAUGGCCCACAAAAGAAAUCUGUGGACAGAAGCAUACAGACUGUGGUAUCUUGUCUAUUUAAUCCAGAGAACAGACUGAGAAACUCUCUUGUUACUCAAGAUGACUACUUUAAGGAUAAAAGAGUGCAUCACUUUAGAAGAAGUCGGGCAGUGCUUAAAUCUGUGUGA